UGCAACUAUAAAAGCAAUGAAAAAAACCUACGCUUUCUAAUCAAGAUAAAGAACUGAUUAAGCAAGCAAAAGUUGAUUAAGCAAUAAUGUCGACGAGAAGUAUUUGCGAAUCACCUUCAAGUUCUAAUCAACACUGGACAAAGCAGCUUCGUAACAAGAUUCGUAGCAUGUUGUCGAUGCACCAACGUUCCGUACCCCAGCCUCCCCCUCCGGUUCCCACCUUGGCUCCGUCGACGGAGGAACUUCCCAUCAACUUCUUGGAGCCAGAGCGGGCGAUCAACUCCUAUCUCAAUCAGGGCAGCCUCAACCUCCCCCUCCGGUUCCGUACCGCAGCCUCCGCCGCCGGUUCCCACCUCGGCUCCGACGGAGGAACUUCCGAUCAACUUCUUGGAGCCGGAGCGGGUGAUCAACUCAGAUCAGCUCGGCUUCGUAAAAGUAUGUUGACGAGGUCUUGCCGAUCAUUUUCAACCUGUAAAAGUAUACACCCGGUAAAACAUGGUAAAAGUUUCUCCAUGGACAAAAGUUCCGUACCCCAGGCUCUUCCUCCGGUUCCCAGCUCGACUCCGACGGAGGAACUUCCUAUCAACUUCUUGGAGCCGGAGCGGGCUAUCAACGGGAUCAGAAGCGGAUCAGCUCGGCUUCGUGUAAGCAUGUUGACGAGGUCUGGCCGAUCAUCUUCAACCGGUAAAAGUAUACACCGGGUAAAACAUGGUAAGAGUUUCUCCAUGGACCAAAUUUCCGUACCCCAGCCUCUUCUUCCGGUUCCCAGCUCGGCUCUUCCGGUACCGGAGUCACUUCUGAUCAACUUCUCGGAUAUAGAGCGGGAGAAAAAACCGAUUAGAAGCGGAGCCGGAGGCACGGUCUACAAAGCCGUUCACAAGCCGACGGGCCGGCUCUACGCGGUGAAAGUGAUCUACGGAGACCCUGAGAACUCGGUCCGGCGUCAGAUCUUCGAAGAGUUCCAAGUCCUCCGCAAAGUUGCUAACCCUAACGUCGUCAAGUGCUACGACAUUUUCGAUCACAACAGCGAGAUACAGGUGCUGCUAGAAUUCAUGGACGGAGGUUCGUUAAAGGGCAAGUACAUCCACGACGAGAAAGCUCUCUCCAAUUUGGCUCGGCAGAUCCUCACCGGCUUGGCCUAUCUCCACAGACGGCACGUCGUCCACCGCGAUAUCAAGCCCGCUAAUCUCUUGAUCAACACCCGAAAUGAAGUCAAAAUUGCUGAUUUCGUGGGAAAAGUUUUGGCGCGGACUAUGGACCCUUGUAACUCUUGUGUGGGAAAUAUAGCCUAUAUGAGCCCGGAGAGGAUCAACCCCGAUCUCAAUCAGGGCAAGUACGACAGCUACGCCGGCGAUAUUUGGAGCUUUGGGGUCAGCAUCUUGGAAAUUUACGUAGGUCGGUACCCCUUCUCUGUGGAUCGUUACCAAAAAGGAUACUGGUUCCGCUUAACUUGGGUAAUAUGUAUGUCUCAGCCUCCUGAAGCUCCUUCUACUGCGUCCAGAGAGUUCAGGCAUUUCAUUGCUUGCUGUUUGCAACGAGAGCCGAAUAAAAGAUUCUCGGCGGCUCAGUUGUUGCAGCACCCAUUCAUCUCUGGCAAUGGCGGUGGACAGACCCAGGUUGAUCAGUAGUACGUCAUGCUUGUUUUACGAUUAUUGAUUCAUUAUUUUAUUUUAUUACUCGUUCAUCGUUCAUCGUUUCGAUGAUAUUGAUUUCUUGGAUAAGGAUGAUAAUGAAGAAGCUAGAACUGGGGAAAUGGGCUCUUUUGGUUUUAGCUUUACUACUUAGUAGUGUUCUGUUGUUAAUUAGUCUAUCAGUUAAGGAUAUAUAUAUAUAUAUAUAUAUUUAUAUAUGGCCCUUUUAGUGAGGGAUUCCUUUUUGGGAAAAUGCUCAUUUACCCAAUUUUAGCUUAAAAUGUGCCCACUUGCUCGACUAAGAGUUUUUAAACCCCAUUUACCCAAAACACUCUAAGGGAUUAUUUCCCCUUUACCCAAUUAAUUCUUUUUA